GGCCCUGGGCCCCGCCUCCCUGGCGCUGGGGUCCCGCGGGAGCCCGAGGAGGGGCGGCCGGGCCGGGCCGGGCCAGUCACGGCACCGGGAAGACGGGGUGGUUUCCCCCCCCCCCGUACCGGCACCGGCCUGGAGCCGUGUCCCGCCGCGCGUGGGGCUGCAUCCGGGGCAGAGAAAUCGGGGGGGCGCGCGCUGUGGCCGAGCCGGUUCCCUCCCCGCCCGGCGGGAGCCCCUUCAGCGCCGCGCGUGGGGCACCGCCCCGUGGGCCGAGCCUUGGGCCGCUCCCUGGCGACAUUCACCUGCCCUGGCUCCCUCCCCGGUGGGGCCUGUCUUGUCCUUAGCGGCUCCUCUCGGGCUGUGUCUACACGACUGACUCGCCGUAGCGUAGCGGUGUCACUCCGGCGUGCGAUCCGUGCCGGGAAAAGCCCCGUGGUGGGGACACCCGUUAUACGGGGAAAAGCGGAGUUUCACCCCUAGAGCCGUGUCUAAUUUGCCUCUGAAAUGUGGAGUUGACCCCAAUUCAGUUUUGUACCCCUCCUCUUCCCUCCCAAUAGAUCUAGCUGUGUCAUGGCAGCCAGACUGGUGCAACGCUGUUGUCGUCGGCUCUUUGGUGGCUCCACCUUCGCAUCCCUGGCAAACCCAGCUUCUCUGUUAGCACCAGCAUCCAAGACAGUGAUAGCAAGAGCUCUGCCUCAGGCCGCUCUCGCUUCAUUAUACACUUCAGGCCUCUCCAGGCAAAUAGACACACACUCAGUCAAGGAGCAAGGGUACAGUGGACAUCCAGAGAACAGAAAGAUUGAUGAACUCAUUGCAUCAGCUUCUAGCCCUGACGAUCUCUUGCACGUGGGUGAACGUGACUCUCUAAAUGGGAAGCAGGCCUCCGCACUGAUCAUCCAACUCUCCCGACUCGUGGCGACGGAAAACCUAAAACCGAAGAGCAUCUUGCAGGACAGUCGCUUCCAGCGAGUGCUCGACAUUCUACAUAGCCAGAUUUCCCAGGUCUGUAGUAACUCUUUGUUGCCCCUCUUGAAGAGCCUCGACCUUCUGGGGCUGGAGAGGAAUAAGAGGGAGCUGAGAUCGGUGAAGCAGGAGGUGCGCUGGCGGUUGAGACGCUUGGAUUUCAGGCAGAUUGCUUCCCUGGCAGAGUACGUGGCAGCCAGCAAGCAGGCGGAGGAUCAGAAUGAGCUGCUGAGCGACAUGUUGAAGCACCUGGAGCUGCGCUGGACGGAGAUUGGGGACACGAGAGGUGUGGUGGCAAUGAUGGUGAAGCUCGGACACCUCUCGAAGACCCUGAUGGACCGGCUGGAGGACAAGGCUUUGGAAUUAGCCGAGCAAUUCACUGCUGAGGACAUUCGGAAACUGACAUUAGCUUUAGCGAUCCAGAAGCGGCGCUCUGUCCCCCUGCUCCGGGCCAUUUCCUACCAUCUGGUUCAGAAGCACUUUACCCUCAGCACUAGCAUUCUGGUGGACUUGGCCUUUGCAUAUGGAAAGCUGAAUUUCCACGAUACCCAGGUCUUCCAGAAGAUGGCAUCAGACCUGCACGCCCGCGUGUUCGAGAUGACUCCUGGCGACGUGGGGCGCUGCAUUAAGUCCUUCGCUUACCUCAAGUGGCUCAGCCUACCCCUCUUCGAGGCCUUCACUCAGUAUACCCUGGACAAUGCCGACAGAUUCAACACACUGAGGCUGUGCAACGUCAUCCUGUCUUUCGCCCGCCUGAACUUCCAGCCCAGCCGCAGCGAGAACUUCUAUAACAUGAUCCAUGAGAAGCUUGGUGACCAACUGGGCAGCCUGAACCCGCACCUGCUGACAGACCUGGUGUGGUCACUGUGUGUACUGCAGCAGGCGAAGACUCCCUACCUGCAAAGCGUGCUGGCCCCACAGUUUUAUAGGCAGCUUCUAGCCGACCAGACGCCCAGAGGACAGAACUACAGGCUCAAACUGAUGCAUAUCAACGCUGCCGCCAGGCUGGAGUCCCCGGGCUACGAGGGGCCCUUCCUUCCGCCAGAGGCCCUGAGUGCCCCGGAGCCGCCAGAGGACAGGAAGGCCACUCCACUACAGAGCAGCCUGCAGGAGGUGCUGAACGAGGUGGCCAAAUCCGAGGUUAACAGGCGGUUCAACGUACACACCAUUUAUGGCUGGCAGCUCGACGCUGAGAUGAUGCUGAACAGCGAUAGUCAGCCUCUCCCCAUAAAGGACUUCGCUUCCCCCCACCUGCUCCAGUCAGAAGGGACAAAACCCCCGCCCCACGACACCAUGAGGUGAGUGCCAGAGAUCAGGCCUGGUUGCUACCAUGUAGGCCAGGAUGAAGGGGUCUGAGUCCGCCCCAGCCUGGUGGGAGUGAGGGGGGGGGGAGGCUGCUGUGUGCGCGCGCUCAGGAUGAGGUGAGAUGUUUCUGCGUUUGCAGUAGUGAAAGCAAAACAGGUGCAUUAACUCCCUGGCAGCUUAUGACACAGACCCACUGCCAGCAAUGACUGCAUCGUGACCACGGAAACUCAGGCAAAGGGAGAUGGGCGCUGUGAGCAGAGUCUGGGAACAUCAGAGCUGCUGGUGCAGAAGGUGCCUUCCUCAAGCUGCCUGGCUCCUCUGAGUACCCUCCCUACCUCUCUCUCCUCCCUAGAUGUCCCCACAGAGACACCGGAUACAAGCCAAUCGGGAUAACCAGCAUCUUCAUCUGAAAGUUCCCUUACCCAGCCGCUGGGGAUCCUGGGGGGACCCAUAGCCCUUUCCCCGGCUCAGGCUGGAAUGAGUGUUCCCCCCGGUCAUGUCCACACUCAGCCCAAGCAGCUGUGAGCAGAACCACUAGCCUCCCUUGUUAGGGAAGUGGGAGGGUGGGGGUGUAGAGGGCAGGGGCCGUAUGAGAAGGUUCUGAUGCUAAUCGGGCAGCGCAGGCUCCCUAGCCAGCAAGGCCCCUUUCUUUCUCCUUAUUAACCUGCUUGGACCUUCAAGGUUUAGCGCCCCAGGGCUUGGCCACAGCAUGGAUGCUGAGACGAACUUACGAAGCACUACUCCAGUCAGUAGUGGCUGGCUCGAUCUGGAUCUAGUGCCAGGAGGAGCCAUGUCCACGUCAAUCUGCCACUGUAACUGGCCCCUCAUCAGACUAACCUGCCCUCUUGCAUUGUUGCUGGACUUACUCUGUGGUUAAAUUAUUCUAGCACCUUUCCCCAGCAUUCAUAUUCACUCACACAUCAAACAAAUCACAGGGCCCAGUCAUCUCCUGGGCAUAGCGCUUGUGGCUAUAAAUGCUCAGACAAGGACCCUCUGAUCUCCUGCCUCAGGACCUGAACUAAUCUCUCCGACCCUGACCCCUGGCAUUGCUGCUCCUGACCCCAAACAUGCAGCCCUGAACAACUGUGGUGCUCCUGUUACUGUCCUCUGAAGCGUUAGGUUUUGGUGACGGCUGCACGCAGGAUAAUGGACGCCGGUCGGUGGGCCAGAGGUCUGAUCCAGAGCAGUCAGCAAUCGCACCUGGGCAGAGCGGCUCCUCUUGGCGUUGCUUGUUCCUUUGGAGCUUUGGCAGCCGCUCAGAGCCAGCAAAGUGUCCUGCCUGCUGAGCCCAGGGUACCCAGCGCUCUAGAUCGAGAGCGAUCAGGGUACCCAGCGCUCUAGAUCGAGAGCGAUCAGGGUACCCAGCGCUCUAGAUCGA